GAGCUAAUUUGAACUUCUGCAGCCACUGCUCAUCAGUUGGCCCAUCACUUCACAUCAACCAGCAAUGAGAUCCUCUCCCAAGUCAACACUUGAGUCCUGAGCCUGGAGAGGUUGAAGUUGUUCCUGCAAGAGUGCUUCUACAACAGUAGUUUGGUCUGGCUGCCUGUUUUGCUAUGCCCAUCUGCUGUCUCUUCAUCUAUAAAGCGCCUUUGUCAAAGAGUUUGUUACUUGUCCCAAGUGCCAUCUCGAUUCUAUUGACUCUGCUCUUCCAACAUUAUCAGAAGUUCUUUGCAUAUAACCUGCAAGCUGUAAAAGAGGAUUUUCAGAUUUGGAGACUUGUAUGUGGAAGAACAAUAUGUCUUGAUUUGAAAGACACAUUCUGCAGCAGUCUGCUCAUUUACAACUUCCGAAUAUUUGAAAGAAGAUAUGGCAGCAGAAAAUUUUCAUCUUUUUUACUGGGCGCUUGGAUGCUCUCAGCUUUGUUUGAUCUUCUCCUUGUAGAAAUCACUCAGUACAUGUUUGGCAUCACCAUCAACAGCUUGCCUUCUGGUUUCUUGGGUCCUGUGUUUGCGCUGUUUGUUCCAUUUUAUUCCUCCAUUCCAAGAGUGCAGGUGACACAAGUAUUGGGCCACUUUUCUAUAACAAACAAGUCUCUGGUCUACAUACUGGGUUUACAGCUCUUAACGUCUGGUUCCUACAUCUGGAUUUUAGCCUUAAGUGGAUUGAUUUCUGGGAUCUGCUACAAUAGCAGUAUCUUAAAAGUUCAUCGAAUUCUUUGUGUACCCAGAUGGGUAGCAAAGAUAUUUUCAUGGACUCUUGAACCAGUCUUCUCGUCUGCGGAACCAACGAAUGAAGUUCGAGUGGGAAUGGGAGCAACAGUUGACAUCCAGAGGCAGCAGAGAAUGGAGUUACUGGAUCGUCAAAUCAUGAUGUCUCAGGUUGCCCAAAUGAGGCGGCAAAGACAGCAGCAGGGUGGGAUGAUUAACUGGAAUAGACUGUUUCCUCCUUUACGUCAUAGACAGAAUGCAAAUUAUCAAGAUCACCCAUCUGAACAAGGCAUACCUCCACCUACUGAGGUUUCUGAAGAGCAGGUCGCACGACUUAUGGAAAUGGGGUUUUCCAGAGGAGAUGCUCUAGAAGCUCUGAGGGCUUCAAAUAAUGACUUAAAUGUAGCCACUAAUUUUCUACUACAGCACUGAUGGUUUUGUGUGUGAAGGAACUUCGCCCAAUGGGUUUGUACAUGCCUGGGAGAGGAUCAAAGCCACCUGCUGGGCAGACUCACCAAGGUCAGCCAGCAAGAGCAAGAGAGACACGGCUCCACGUGACGGGUGACUCAGAGCGAUGUUAAGAAAUGAUGUGAACUGUUCCCAAGCCUUCGGAUCACUUGGUGGUUUCUAGUCUGGUUGUCAUUUUCAAAUUAACUUUAGUUUCUACUUGUUACUGGCUAUCACCUAAAUUUAUUUUUAAAUAAAAUAGGUGAUUUUUUUUUCUUGUAAAUCUUUGUUAGACAUUAUCAGACUUAAUGACUAGGAAAAAAAAAAGCUCCAACAACUACAACAGCUAGAUUCACCUGUCAAGAAAGAUAAUAUUUUCUUCAUUUACAAGUCUAAUUUCUCUAGCUUAAAUGUUAUUUUACAGUACUUGAUUUUUUAUUACAGUAAUAAAAGGUUUGAAGAUCACUUAAUUUUCAAAUCAGUAAAGGGUUAUGGGACUUUUAUGUCAUUCUUUGCAAAGUUUUGUUAAUGCCUGUAAUAUUUUAUUUCUCAAAUUUCUCUUUGAAUAAAAGUUGUCAUUCAGCACAUCAUAGACAGAUAAGGUGAGAGAAAAUUAAUGUGUGUAUGGUGAGCUAUGGCAAGUGACUGCUGUAAAUUUGAAUUUUUACAAACUGAGUGAAUUGCUGUUCAAAUACGGGUCAUGAAGAUACUCACUGGAAGCAAUAAAGGUGAAUCGAAUGAUGCAA